CCACAUUUUCUGCCACAUAUUUGCAAUGAACAAGCUACUGCUCCUCACCCUGGUCUUCACAUGCUGCACCCACUACCAGAUGCUUGAAAGUUGUACCAACACUCCGGCGCGUGAUGAACGCAGUCUGCUGGAUAUGUUUGCGAGCCUUUACUGCUCCAGAAGCAAAUUCAGUGUUUCCUUGAUGGGCCUUUUACUAUACGGGUGUUUCUGUGGCCCUGGUGGCUCAGGGCAACCUGUCGAUGAAGUGGAUCAAUGCUGCCAUGCUCACGACUGUUGUUACCAGCACACGAAGGUGAAUUUGCAAUGCCAGAGCGAGAGUAGCGGUUAUAAGUUCUCCUGCGAGCAGGCGACAAUAGGAUGCGUAUCGACCGAUUUCUGUGGCAGGGCGGCAUGCGAAUGUGAUCGAUUGUUUGCAGAAUGUCUGACAACAGCGAAGAAAGCACAGGAAAAAUAUCACUUCUAUGACAAGAAAAAGCUGUGUCCAAGUCCUAAUGCAGCUUGUCCACCGUUAGCCCCAAGUAUGAGCCGCGCCAACCUGCAAGCAGCCAUCGAAGAGGCUAAAAUCAGAAAGGAACACCCCUCUGGAUAUAAAGUCUGGGUGUCCUCUGGAAGAUAAAGCAGGAUAUAUUACACAGUAAGAUUUACACUCACUGCCAGCACAGUGGUGUAGUGGUUAGCACUUUCACCUAGCAGCA